AUGUCCCACUGCCACGACGAGCACGGCGCGCACGAGCACCACGAUGGCCACGAGCACGAUCACUCAGACGACGUCACCCCGGCCCUGCAGGCGUCUCUCUACCAGCAAAUCAACUUUGAUGAAAUCACAACACUGAACGAAUCGAGACGAGAUGCCGGCAAGGCCAUCGUCAAGAAGACGUGGGCAGAGAGACUGGAUGCCGAGCCAGAGCUGGCGAGUGACGCCGAUGAACAGCUGCUCAUGACCGUGCCCUUCGCCGCCCAAGUCAAGCUGCACUCCGUCCUCAUCCGCACAUCCCCGUCCCCCUCUGCACCCAAAACACUCCACCUCUUCGUCAACCACGACGGCCUGGACUUUUCAGCAGCCGAAGACACGGAGCCGGUGCAGAAGAUCGAGCUCUCCCAGACGUCUGACGUGCAAGAGAUCCCCGUCAAGAGAGCGCUGUUUGGCAACGUCCAGCGGCUGGUGCUCUUCUUUGUGGACAAUUUCGGGGACGGGGGCGAGGACGUCUCGCGCGUAAGCUACAUCGGCUUCAAAGGCGAGUGGACGAAGCUGGGCAAGGCGCCGGCAAACAUUUUGUAUGAGGCGGCGGCGCAGCCGGGGGACCACAAAGUCAAGGGGACGACUGUGAACCAGAUGGGAAGUGGGAUUGGGGGCAGAGGCCCGGGGGUGUAG